AUGCUCUUUUCCACCAUCUUGUCUGCGGCCUUUGUGGCCGCCGCUGUCCCCAUGAUUGACCGCUCGGAGGCCCAUGAAGUCGAGAUCACUAAUGCCUUCGCCCGGACGUUGACUAACUACACGCUCAUCUAUGAGUUCGACAUUAUCGACAAUAAAGAGGGCGAGCUAGCUCACUGCAACGGCGAGUGUUAUGAUCUUCACGCUCUUUGGCUUCAUCUGAUGACAUUAAUAGUUAUUUUUGAAGGGAUGACGUGA